AUGGCAUCAGGCUCAAUGUCUUCUUAUGGAUCUGGCUCAUGGACUGUCAAGCAGAACAAAGCCUUUGAGCGUGCUCUAGCAGUCUAUGACCAAGACACUCCUGACCGUUGGUACAAUGUUGCUAGAGCCGUUGGUGGGACGACACCAGAAGAAGCGAAGAGGCAGUAUGACCUUCUCGUGCGUGACAUCGAGAGAAUUGAGAAUGGUCACGUACCAUUCCCUGACUACAAGACUAACGGACGCAACAACACCAACGGCAGGCUUCGUGAUGAGGAGAAAAGGAUGAGAAGCAUGAAGCUGCAGUGA